AUGUCUCCAGCUCCUGAAAACAACAUGGUCAAAGUCGUCGUUUGCGGCGCUGCCGGAGGAAUCGGACAGCCCCUCUCUUUGCUCUUGAAGCAGUCUGACUUGAUCACCGACUUGGCACUCUACGAUGUCGUCAACGCCCCCGGAGUCGCCGCCGAUCUCUCGCACAUCAACACAAAGUCCAGAGUCACCGGACAUGGCAAGGACGACAUGGAUGCUGCCUUGAAGGAUGCCCACACCGUCGUCAUCCCCGCUGGUGUCCCCCGCAAGCCUGGCAUGACCCGUGACGAUCUCUUCAAGAUCAACGCUGGCAUUAUCGCCGGCUUGGCCGAGGGUAUUGCCAAGAACUGCCCUGGUGCAUUCGUCCUCGUCAUUUCCAACCCUGUUAACUCGACCGUCCCCAUCGUCGCUGAGGUCCUCAAGAAGCAUGGCGUCUUCAACCCCAAGAAGGUCUUUGGUAUCAGCACCUUGGAUGUCGUCCGCUCUUCCAGAUUCGUCUCUGAGGUCAACCCCUCUGUUGACCCCAAGUCCACCCGUAUCACUGUUGUUGGUGGACACUCUGGUAUCACCAUUGUCCCUAUUCUCUCCAAGAUCCCCGGCUUUGUCGAGGGUCUCACCAAGGAGCAAUUGGAUGCCUUGACCUACCGCAUCCAGUACGGAGGAGAUGAGGUCGUGAAGGCCAAGGACGGCGCUGGAUCUGCUACCUUGUCGAUGGCCUAUGCCGGAGCCCGUUUCGCUCUUACUCUUCUCGAGGCCACUGUUGCCGGCAAGACUGGAUUGGUCGAGUCUUCGUAUGUCAACCUCGAUGCUGAUAAGGAGAGCACCGCCGCCUUCAAGGCCGAGCACGGUUUGGACUACUUUGCCUUGGAUGUUGAGUUUGGCAAGGAAGGUGUCAAGCACAUUUUGCCCCUUCCCCAGGUCUCUACCUAUGAGCAAACCUUGUUGGAUGCUGCUUACCCCGAGCUCAAGACCAACAUCACCAAGGGUGCCUCGUUCGUCAUCGGUGCCUAA